AUGUACGCUCCUCCUCCAGCUGUUGCCGCCGGUGGUGCUCGUCGCUCUGGUUUAGCUGCGAGUGGUCCACUUUUAGCCGUUUGCUGUCUUCUCUUUAUUCUCUUUCUUAUUGCAUCGACUAUCGUUCUGGCUUUGAUUCCAGUUUACCUUGCAACAAGGGAUGGUAACACAAUCACUAACUCUCCAACUUAUUUAAUGACAUUGUCACCUACAAAUGGAACAGGAUUGACUGAAACUAAUCUGGACUCAACCUCACUUUCCAACAUUGCCACUGCUGCAGCAACAGCUGCAAACGCACCAUCCGGCUCAUUUUCUGUAAACUCUGGCACAUCAACUGUAAACACUGCAGGCAGACGUAAACGACGAGGAUUUGGUCUUGUACGACAGCGCCGCGAUGGAUUCAAGCUUUACUGCCCAUUCUCGUUCAACCGAUUACGAUGUGGUGGACUAUGUGAUGGUGGCGCUUUUCGCAAAAGGAUCCAAACAUUCUAUACUAUUAUCAAUGUUUUGACUUCUUUUGGUUACCAGAACAUAUACUUCUUUGUGACCAUCACUUAUUCAACAACUUUCACUGUUCCAACACCCAGUCCAACAGCAGUAACUGCCACUGUGGGUUAA